UUCACCCAUUCCCUACGCAGCUACACCCAAGAAGAGACUCGACCAGAAAUGGGUAAGCACAAGCUGAGCUCUGGCAGCGUAUCCUCAAAAGAUCCGGCUGAAUCCAUCUCAAGUAAAGAUCGCAGAAAUAUAGUCUCAAAAGACAAAUUUGAAGAGGACCAACCCAGAAAGUUCUGUAGACGUAAAUGUUUUGUAGAGAGUUCCGGACAUGUUGAAUACCGCAAUGGCAGAAAUGCUAAAGAAAAAGUUUUUAAAACAAACUUCAAUCAAAAGGAACAAAGUUAUCAGUCAAAUGCCGAAGACUUUUCGGAUGAAAAGGUCGAAGAUGCAGCCCAAGAUAUAGAACCCUUAUCUAGUGAAGGGAUGCCCUCUGGCUCCACUGACUGUUCUAAAAGCUUUAGCCAAAUCUAUAGCGAAAUCUUCGAAGAGUCCAAGGAACGACAAGAAAAAGCAGAGCGGGCAUGUCGGGCCUACAACAUAAACAAAUCUAAACUGCGUAGGACCCGUGAAGUAUGUGAGUCUGGUGGUCCGGGAAGUGGAAGUGGAAACUAUGAUAGCAGCUGGGAAUCGGAGUACUCUAGCAAGUUGCCAAAGAGUUCCCGGGAAUAUGACAAUCUAUCGGUACAAGGACAGCUCCAGAGCAUAAAUGGCAGUCGGGAGAAAGAUUCCCUGAGGGAACCUCUUAACCAUGAGAAAAAAAUAGACAAAAAUAUUAGAUUAAAACGUUCCAAAAUACCUGUAAAUAAGCCAGAGCAUAAAGAAAUGUGCAGUUCGCACAGAAACCAAGAAUCGAAGAAACUCUGUUCUCAUCGACCGGAAAGUAGGUGUUCUGAUGAUAGAUCUUACGUGUGCAAGCACGAGUCUUCAGGGUUUAGCUUUAGCUCGGUAUGCUCCAGAUCAAGAAAAUACCAUUCUGAGGACUACAGCGCAAGGGUGACUGAUGGCUCCGAUUACCCAGCCGACGGCAGAGGUGACUCAAGCACUGGCAUUCCCACUACUGCGACAUCGCAAUUCCGCUCACAAAGAGAUUAUCUUUCGAGCGGCAGCACACGCCAUCGUCAUCAUCAUCAUUAUCGUCGCCAGAGAAGUGUGCCCAAGACGUAUCAAGAUCGUGGAAAUAGUCCCAUUAACAUCAAGACAAGGCGAAAAACGCACGACUACCAUGAACUUUGCAGCGAAAUUGGCACCGAAAAUGCGAGGAAGGGUUUGCUUGGCCGAUCAAGUGCCUCGGUUGGUGUCCAAUACCCCAGUGAAGAUGAAAUCGAGGAUUGCUCUACUGGUAGGACUAGUAGUUAUCCAAAUUCGGAGCAAUGUCUUCCAAUCGAGUUUGAAAGUCAUGAAGAUUGCUUGUUGAGCACUGAAGAAAUAAAAGUAAUGAGCACCAUUAAUAGUGGAAAAAAAACUUUUCAGGAUAUUGAGAUCAGCAAUAUAGAUCAUCGUAGUAUGACCACUGAAGAGGAAGAUCGACUACAAAGCGAUCUAGAUAUGUACGAUGAUGAGCCAACUGAUACGGUGGAUCUCGAGAUAUCCGAUAAAGGUGAAGCAUAUAAUGAUGAAUAUAGCCAGGACACCGAGAUAAACGAUGAAAAGGAAGACUUUUCUGAUGAAUAUGAUCAAUUUGCCCAAAAACCAGACGACGACGAGGAAUAUAUUCAAAGUGAUCAAGAACUGAGCCAUGAUUAUGAACAAGAUAUAUCCUUAGGUCAACAUGAAAUCUGCGAUAAAGAGUCAGAGCAGUCCAAGAAAAGAGCUGAAGUUAAGCCCAAAAGCCCACUGAGUCUUAAGAUAUACAAUGCUGAUGAGGCCCUGAUGGAAAUUCCCGAGGAUUUUGAGGGCUCUGCGGUUGUUCUGGACGACAAUGCUGACUUCCUGGACAUCACGUUGACCGAUGAUGAGGAGCAGAUCCGGGCCAAGUUGAUGGCCGCAGCGCUGACCACCAGAAGGAGUGGCUGCUCCAUCAGCGCUUCCAGCGGUGUUAAGUCCCGUCGCUCCACUGAGUCCAGGUCCAGCAUCCUUAGCUACAAGCCCAGUGUGAUCUUCACUCGCCGAUCGGAGGUGAUUGAGGAUGAAAAUGUUCCCAGGCGGAACAAUCGAGUUGCGCUCCUGGCCGAGCAAGUUCUGCGGUGCGUUUCCAAGUCCCACACAGAUGAGCCCGAAUGGCAACCCUUGAUGGAACAGGUCACCGACCCAGAGCUUAAUAAGCAACCAUUGGCGGAGAGGGAGGUGUCCAAAAGGUUCACCAGAGACCUGACAGACAGUGGAACGCCACUUUGUGUGGAUCGCCAGUUGCUUUCGAAGGAAUUCAAUAAAAAGCUGCAGCGCCAGCUAAAAUCAAUUGUGGAGAGUUUCCAAUGAAUUUUUUGAGUGCAUAUAUAUUUUGUAUUUAUAAUUACGUGACAUUGAAUAUAACUCA